CAACGGCGGCGACGGCGGCGGCGACGACGGCGACUCCUCGGAGCAAUUGGCUUCAAUAAUUGCAAAUGGUCGUUUAAUAACAGAUGAUUGAACGCGUUCCGCGGCGCGCGGCGUAGCAUUUAUCUGUCAAAAGCGGUGGCGGCCGGCCGACGAACGGUGAUGCGCCGCCGGCUGACGCGCGUCCGUUGAGCUUGGAACCGGCGUGGCGUAAGACUCGAGAAGCGCGACUCCGUUUUCCCGACGAGGCGACGGGGCGACAACGACGGCAACGACGACGCGGCGGCGGCAAGUGCGCGACAGAGAGAGCGAUAGAGAGAGCGUGACGCGAGUGAGCGUAGCGGGCGACCUUUGAAUAACCGCGUUUGUUAUUAUGUGAUCGGCGAGCCCCGAGAUAACUACGCAAGGAAAACAGGAAGAAAGUCGAGGAAAAAUGCAGACCACGCGGACCAACGUUUUCCGCUAUCUCAUCGUGGCGAUUCUUGUUGUUCUGUCUGCGCUCGACCGUGCAGAAAGCGACGAUGGAACGCAUUUGAAGUCGUGCGAUAUAUCGGCGCUGGGGAAUGUGCAGUGCGGUAAGAAUGAGAGAUGUGUAACCAUCAACAGCGAGAAGCCGCAAUGCAAGUGCCAGCGAGAUUUUCAUUUAGUUAACGGCGAUUGUAUUAGAAUUACAUCUGCGGCAGCGAGUGUCGAUGCUACCACCCUUAAGCCUGAGCAUAGAUCCGAGUCAGGAGGUAACUCCGUAGCGGCAGGUUUGCUAAUACCAACCUUCCUCAUAGUAGUCGGUGUACUACUGUAUUUUGGUGCGAGACGAUACAAAUGGCUACAACGAUUUCGGCAGUAUCGUCACAAUCGUUACGGUAAUGUCCUAGUCACGAGAGACGACGACGACGACGACGAUCCGCCGAUAGCAUAAGUAAAAAAGGAAAAGAAAACAUUUUAUAACGCGAACAAAUGCACAUAUAACGUGUAUAAAAGGCACUUGACCAAAACUCGCGGGAAUAAACGAGAGCAAUGUACGCUUCUCUUGAUAAUAUGUACGUAGUUACGGGUGUGAUGAGUUCUAGUAAACUUUGAUACACGUACAUAUAUUUGAUCGACGACGCUUGUGUGUUUUACUUUUAAGAAACAUUACCAUGUAAUUGCGUGCAAGCAUCAGCGGAAAAGGUUCUACUACAUAAGAGAUGGAGAGUGAAAUGAAUUACGAGGCCAAAUGCAAAGAUGCACUCGCGCGAGUAAUUACAUUUUUAUAAGCAGGAUCAAACUGUCAAGUUUGUUGAUUGAUA